AUGGAUGCCACUCGGCCCAGCAUGUUCGACAAGUACGAAGACAUCGCCACCGCUAGUCGAGCGCUCGAGGACAUCAUCAAGAAUCGCAUGCCACAGCUUUCAUCUGCUACCGCGGCUAAAGCAGGUAGUCGUGCCGCACAAAGGAUUUUGGGGAUUCUCGAGGAAGAGGUCAAGGCAGCUAUUGCGAGGCAAUUCCAAAGCGACGCAGCAUCCGUCCUACAACCACGAGCAACUCUGCUGUCCCUGCCGAGCGAGCUCCGCGAUCAAAUUUGGGAACUUGCCAUCGUCAACAGAGGCAAGCAGCACUUGACCUGCGCUCUGGAGCGUGACCGUGCUCUCCUCAUCUCUGGAACCAGAACCACCGUCCAUGUUCCCGAUCUGUGUCGCGUAGGCAGACAAAUCCGAGAGGAGGCACUCGAUAUCUUCUUCUCCAAGCACGUCUUCAUCCUGAAAUUCGAAAGGAUCUGGUGGCCUAUCAAUCGUACAGGAUCGCUAUACAUCACCAAAUGUCGAUGUAUGCAAUGGCUCAAAGCGAUUGGACCUGUGAAUCGAGGGCGUAUGAAGAGCGUUGAGUUCAUCAGGGAGGAUCGGAGGACUCAGACGGAGCGGAUGAAGGCAGUGUGGUGGGUGUGUAAGCUUGAUCUGCCGCAACAGGUGGAGGAGCAGCUGAUCGAGCAGUUGCUGCACGGCGAGGGCCUCCAGAGCUGGACUGAUCCGACCGAGAGAUUGGAGGCCGCACAGAGGUCGGAGAUCGAGAAGGAGCUUGGUGCGAAGUCGCAAGGCUUGAUCUGGGACGAGAUGACGGUGUUUGGGUGA